GAUGAAACGCCAGUAGUUGGAUGUAGUGAGAGGAGACGGACACGAGCCGCUGUGAGGAUCACUUUAUCUGUUUAUUUACGGAAUAUAAUAAUUUACAGACUGUGUAUUUAAAGGGAAUAAGAGGUCAUCUCUCUGCGUUAUGGGACUUUCUAUUUUCUGUGGAAAUUAAGGGUCCUGGUGUUCAUGUGGAAAUGAGAAACCGGGCAGUGUGAGGGUUUGGAAUGCCAGCUAGUUUAAUUGGUGCCUUCUGGACUCCGUCUUUUCCAAACGUCCCCGAAAUGAAACCAAAACGAGGCCUUGUCCUCGACUCCCUCCCACCCAAUACAGGGGAUCAAAGUGGAACCUUUUGAAAGGAAGACCACACUUAUGGAUCUCUCUCCUCCAGCUGUCAUCCUAAAUUAGCUGAGCUCUGUGAAAGGGGAGCCGUUUCGACUGACCCCUUCUGCUUCUUGAAGCUUCAGCCGUCCGUGACUCCCAAAUGCUGUCUGUCUUUCAUCAAACCGGACGCUCCUGAAGAAAAAUGGACUUGUAGUGAAGGUCAACCCAUCACGCGGGGUAACUCCCUCUAGGACGUCUCUUGAACUUCUUGAGAAAGCUUGUCUAGCUUUCCUGAGACUCCGAUGGGUGAUCUAUGACAAUGUAACCGAUAAGGGGACCAGAGUUCUCGCUUUCCCAAGCAGCUGCAAGCAGGAUAUGUGUUCGAGCCGUGGGUAUCGACGAUAAAACAAAUCCUCCGCCUUCAAUCAGUUGAGGGCUCCACUUACGUCAUGCAGUCAUCCGAGGAAUUGUUUAACAGGAAACUGAAAGCGCUAAAUGGGAGUAUGGGACAUCCAGCUACCAACACGCAGGGCAAGCUGGAGGGUAGCAGUAAAUCGAACGGUACGCCUGCUAUGCCUAAAAUGGGGGUGCGAGCCAGGGUGACGGAAUGGCCCCCAAAGAAGGAGGGUUGGGAAAGUCGAGGCUACGAGAGCACUGCCUUUCAGAAUGGGCAGCCAGACCAAAGCGUAGAGUUUGGUGAAUUAGGUGAUGUACAGUUGGACCCAGAUUAUUCAGAUACGAAAUAUUCCCUGAGUGAUCUUCUGAGUCGAUCCCCUUUGAAGGGGCUUCAUCCCAUUCGACAGCGGAGUAACAGUGAUGUGACCAUCAGUGACAUAGAUGCAGAGGACAUAAUGGACCAGAAUGCUGUCAACCCGAACACCGGUGCGUCACUGCACCGAGAGUACGGCAGCACAUCCUCUAUUGACCGUCAGGGUCUCGGCAAUGACGGUUUCUUUUCCAUGUUACGAGAAUAUCGGAUUGACAGUCUGGACCAUCGUAGUGUCCCACCUGUCGGCUUUCCAGAACUCCUGCGCUACGACACCACCCUCUCCCCUAGCUUGCAAACGGCUGCUCAGAUAGCCCGCGGUGAGAUCGUCCGCAUCUCCGGCUACGACUACGUAGACAGCUCGCUCCUCUAUAGCCAAGAAAGAGAGAAGUCCUUCAUGCGUCGCCUCAAAUCGGACUCAUCCGAGACGUCGCUGUUCAGGAAGUUGAGGACUAUUAAGAGUGAGCAUGAAGGUUUCCGGCUCUCCACCGAGCAGGAUGACCGCCGGCCGCUCAGCUUUCAAAAGUGUUUUGCUCACUAUGAUGUCCAAAGUGUCCUGUUUAACAUCAGUGAAGCUAUGGCCAGUCGAGUCAGUCUCAGUCAGAGGAAAAACAUCACAACUGGAGCUUCUGCAGCCUCACAGUACCAAAUCCCAGGAGCUGGUCAAGUGACUGGUAAUUCUGCAUCCUUGUUCGAAUCGCCUUUAGGCAGUCGAGAGGACCUGAACCCUAAGGAGAACCUGGAUGCUGAUGAGGGUGAUGGGAAAAGCAAUGGGUUGGUGCUCAGUUGCCCGCACUUUCGCAAUGAGAUUGGUGGAGAGGGUGAGAGGAGAAUCUCUCUUUCGCGGGCAAACAGUGGGACGUACACUGGCGGAGGAGAAAACUGUUCUUUUGAGUCUUCUCUAAGCUCCCACUGUACCAAUGCUGGUGUGUCUGUCCUGGAGGUUCCACGGGAGAACCAGCCUAUUCACCGUGAAAAGGUCAAACGCUACAUCAUCGAACACAUCGACCUGGGAGCGUAUUAUUACCACAAAUAUUUCUAUGGAAAAGAGCACCAGAACUACUUCGGAGUGGAUGAGCAUUUGGGUCCGGUGGCCAUCAGUGUGAGGAGAGAGAGGUUAGAUGAUGGAAAAGAUAAAGAGGGCUCACAGUUUAACUAUCGCAUCACCUUCAGAACAAGUCAGUUGACUACCCUGCGAGGGGCGAUUCUCGAGGAUGCUGUGGCCUCCACGGCUAGGCACGGUACGGCCCGUGGUUUGCCUCUGAAGGAAGUUCUGGAGUAUGUGGUGCCUGAACUGAACAUUCAGUGUCUGAGACUGGCUGUCAACUCACCCAAGAUCCCUGACCAGCUUCUCAAACUGGAUGAGCAGGGGCUCAGUUUCCAGCACAAAGUGGGCGUCCUGUACUGUAAAGCAGGUCAGAGCACAGAAGAGGAGAUGUAUAAUAACGAGAACGCCGGGCCGGCGCUAGAAGAAUUCCUGGAUCUGCUCGGUCAGAGAGUUCGACUGAAAGGCUUCACCAAGUACAGGGCGCAGCUGGACAACAAAACGGACUCAACUGGCAGUCAUUCGCUCUACACAACUUACAAAGAUUAUGAACUGAUGUUCCACGUAUCCACACUUCUCCCCUACACACCCAAUAACAGACAACAGUUGCUCAGAAAGAGACACAUUGGAAAUGACAUCGUGACCAUCGUGUUUCAGGAGCCUGGAGCUCUGCCCUUCACACCCAAAAACAUUCGCUCACAUUUUCAACACGUAUUUGUCAUUGUUAAAGUUCACAAUCCCUGCACAGAGAACGUCUGUUACAGUGUGGCGGUAUCCAGAUCGAAAGACGUGCCUCCGUUCGGUCCUCCCAUUCCUAAGGGCGUGACAUUUCCCAAAUCUGCUGUCUUCAGGGACUUCCUGUUGGCUAAAGUGAUAAACGGAGAAAACGCGGCUCAUAAAUCCGAAAAGUUUCGUGCCAUGGCGACUCGUACGAGGCAGGAGUAUCUGAAAGACCUCGCGGAGAACUUCGCCAGCACGACGACGAUGGACUCCGCCGUGAAAUUCAGCUUCAUCACGCUGGGUGCCAAGAAAAAGGAAAGAGUUAAACCACGAAAAGACGCCCAUCUCUACAGCGUAGGUGCCAUCACCUGGAGCGUGGUGGCGCGGGAUUUCGGACAGCCGGCGGAUGUGGAGUGCCUGUUGGGAAUUUCUAACGAGUUCAUCGUACUCGUCGAGGAAGAGUCUAAGAAUGUGAUUUUUAACUGUUCGUGUCGGGAUGUCAUUGGCUGGUCCUCCGGCAUCAUGAGCAUCAAGAUCUUCUAUGAACGUGGCGAAUGUGCGAUGUUCUCGGCGCAUGACAACUGCGGCGAGGACAUUAGAGAGAUCGUCCAAAGACUUGAGCAGAUUGUGUCACGAGGCUGUGAGACCACAGAAAUGACCUUACGGAGGAACGGUCUCGGCCAGCUCGGAUUUCACGUCAAUUUUGAAGGAAUCGUGGCUGACGUGGAGCCAUUUGGUUAUGCGUGGAAGGCGGGUCUGCGUCAGGGCAGUCGACUGGUGGAGAUCUGCAAGGUGGUGGUGGCGACUCUUACCCACGAGCAGAUGAUCGACCUGCUGAGAACAUCUGUCUCCGUCAAGGUCGUCAUUAUCCAACCGUAUGAGGACGGAGCCCCUAGAAGGGGCUGUUCAGAGCUUUAUCGUAUCCCUAUGGUUGAGUAUAAGCUGGACAGUGAAGGAACUCCCUGUGAAUACAAGACUCCCUUCAAACGAAACACCACUUGGCACCGCGUGCCCACCAGCGGUCAGUCCCACCCUCGCGGAUCCCCUACCCAAGGUCCCGAUCGCCUGCCCGGUCAACAGCUCCUCCAGCACACACAGGGCUCCAUCCCUCGCAGCACUUCCUUUGACAGAAAGCUCCCGGAUGGACACAGGAAUGUACAGGAUAUAGAGAACCCACAGAUCUCAUCCUGCAGUAAAGAAGACACGUCUAAACACUAUCGUAGUUCACCCAGUAACCAGUCAUCAUCGAGUGACCCAGGACCCUGUGGAAGUGCCACCUGGAACCCGCAGACGGGAUAUGAUGGGUGUCAAUCACCUGUCCUCCAUGACCGCUCAGCUGAAUCCCAGGGCAUGAUGGGAGAUGGAGAGAUGCUGAGGGAACGAGAGCCCACUCUCGAGAGAACACGGUCCGCAGAGGCCAAAUGGCACGUCCCCUCCACAAAAAUCCUCAACUCUCUGAAGGAAAGGGGCAAAGAUUCACCUAACAAGUUGACACGGCAGGGCGGCGAUAAGAACUCCAGUCACUCCAGCAGUAACACACUGUCCAGUAACGCCUCCAGCAGUAACAGCGAUGAAAAGCACUUUGGCUCCGGGGACCUGAUGGAUCCGGAGAUGUUGGGUCUUACCUACAUUAAAGGAGCCUCGACGGACAGCGGCAUCGAUACCGCCCCUUGUAGCAUGACACCUGGCGUAGCCAGUGCAUCCGUGGCCCGCGUCAUGCUGCAGGCUCGGGGAGCGUCCGAUCCGGGUCACCCGUGGACUCCAGAACUGACGGAGGAAGGGUCUGUAGAGGAGGAACACAGCAGACUGUACCUGCCUCAAGGUUACGCGGCGGCUCUGGCAACAGGACACGCGCAUGCAGAUGGGAGGAUGGGAGACCCAAACGAGAUCUCACCUCAUUCAAGUCCGUUGCCGCACAUCUCCAAGUUCACUUCUUCUCCGGAGAGAUCCAGAGCCUACAGUAGCCAUGAGCCACUGCCCGGCACCGAAACCCACAAACGGGCCGACAACAGACCAGUCACGGAGGAACCCCCAAAUCUGUCCGAGUGUGGUGGUGCUGAAGGCUUGUUAUCUUUCCUCCUUACAGCUUUAGCUGAACGCUCCAGGCAGCUGUAUGCGGCGGAGGGUGCGUGCCGACUACAGGACAAGGGAAGGGAUAAGCUUAAGGAAGGAGGUCUUAAGCCAAGUGUGUCUAAAGAUGAAUUUCUGAAGAUGAUGGUUGAAAGCCCGACUGCAGAGAGCAGCCACAGGAAGGCAUCGACAGCGGGCAGCUUAUCACCACGCCGUUCCCUGUAUCGGACUCUCUCUGACGAAAGCGUGUGCAGCAAUAGGAAGGGGUCGUCGUACGCCAGCUCACGUAGCUCCAUGUUGGAUCAGGCCGUGCCUAAUGACAUCCUGUUCAGCAGUACUCCACCCUACCAUAGCACACUACCUCCCCGCAUGAGCCUCAGCCAACACACAUCCAACCUUAGACAUGAGUUCUGGUUUUCUGACGGUUCCCUCGCGGACAGGUCGAAGUUCAGUGACCCAGGUCUUAUGCCUCUGCCAGACACAGCUACGGGGUUGGACUGGUCUCACCUCGUUGAUGCGGCAAGGGCCUUUGAAGACCAGCGCGUGGCUUCGUUCUGCACCAUGACGGACAUGCAGCGAGCCGAAGCGCUGCAAAUCUCCCGUGAGCUCACCAGACGCGUGGCGGCCGCAGAAGGAGCCGCCCUGGAGGCGGGUGGUACCUCUCCAUCCACACUGACAGGCAAAGUCAAUCAACUGGAGGUUAUUCUGAGACAGCUGCAGUACGAUCUGAAGAAGGAGAAGGAGGACAAGGCUAUUCUGCAGGUGGAGGUUCAGCACUUAAGGCAGGAUAACAUGCGACUUCAGGAGGAGAGCCAGACGGCUGCCGCUCAGCUCAGGAAAUUCACCGAGUGGUUCUUUCAUUCCAUUGACAAGAAACCUUGAUGGAGACUUUAUCUGCCCAUAGAGAAAGGUUAAAACCUUCUCACGGGAUCCCCGUCUUUCGGUCUUGGGUGCUAAAGAGAAUCAGGAGACCCUCGAGGGGGCAAAACCACUGGAGAACUGUCUGUCGCUGAAGCAUCGGAAGUGAAUUUCACGAAUGCUUCAGCGACAACAGAUUUACAUUCGCUAACAAAGCAAAUUCCUACUGCAAUUCCAAUGAGAUGUAGAAUGUAAGUAUAUACCGGACGGUGAAGGACACUUUGUUGGUGCUAGUUGAAGAGUUUUAGGACCUAUUAAUCCUUCACACCAGAUGGCACCAGUAGAAACCGGGACAGAGAAUGUACUUGUACAAGCCUGAAUCUUAUUCCUAAACACAAAUAAUCUGAACAUUAAGAUGGAUUGUGAAUGUAACACGCGCGUUUCGAUGAAGAACCACAGUUCUCAUUUACCUUUGUGUGUCCUCUGAAUCGUUUCCGUUCAUCCUCAUGAAGUUCUGGCAAUAAACAUGGAGUCACUCUACUUCUCUUUCGGCACAAUGUGAACGCGAGUUCCUGAACUGAUUCAGAUCGAUCCAGUAUUUGUCAAGACUGUGCCUCCGUAAAGCAGCAGGUGUGCAGCGUUUUCAUCCCUCUACACACAAGCCUUCAACACACUGAAUCCUGAUGUGUGUGUCUGUGUAAUGACAGUGGUGUUAAAUCUGAUCAACACACAACAGAUCCUCCGAAACAGACUGUGUGAGUCAGUGUACCACAUGCCAAAAUGUGUUUAUCUCUGUACAGAUCCUUCAAUCGAGUGUCUAGUAUUUAACAUUGUUAUUUAAGCCUAUUUAACCUAAAUUUGUUUAUUUUAUUAAAUAAAAGAAAAAAGCUGUUGGUUUCUGUUUUGGGAAAGGUCACGUGAAGGCUGCCAGCUGUAGCUUUGCCUGUCCAUUACAUUAGAUAUAUAUUGAUUCAUUUUUCUUUCUCAUUCCAACAUUUGGAUGCUGCUAGGAAACACUGUCGGUUUCUAUGCUUUUACAAAUGUGUUUAAUCUGUUUCAUGUAAGAUGGGACGUCUGUUGCUUUUUUUAAAUAAAUGUAGCUGUAAAAUA